AUGUUCACUUUUUUUUUUUUUUAAUAUUUUGAUGUUUAGUGACCAUGGUUGAAGUUAUUUCCAACGAAGAUGGUGGCAGGGCCUGGUAGGAAGCAUAUACCAAAGAAAGUGCCAUUUUUUUCUCAUAAAUUUCUGUGUAGCAGAAGAAACCCAACAGAGACCAUUGGGUAAAUAAACGCAAGCCCUCAUUUUGAGCUCGUACAAACAAGAAAAAGGAGGGAGACGAACAGAGGGCUCUCAUUCUCGUUCUCUUAUAUACACUCUCCGUCUCUCUCUCUCCCUCUCGAUCCCAGGCAAAAUUUUCUCUUUUCCCGCUUCUGCAGAUUUCCAGGAGAAAGAAAUUAAAGUCAAUCACCCAGAGAAGAGAUUUCUGUCUUUUUUUGGAGGAUUUGUUUCAGAAGGUUAGGUUUCAAUUCCAUUUCGUUCUUCAUCUUUUUAGCGUUUGGUUUGUUGAGGCUGAUUGCAUUUUGAACUUAGUAAAGAACACAGCUUUGAUUUCUCUAGAGGGCCAUAACUUCACAACCUUUUCGAUAAGCGUUCUUAGUAAGUGCUUCGAAAUUGGGGGAGACGGGGAAAAUAGCUUUCUGCGUUCAGUUAGGUGUAUGAAGAUAGAGAAAAUGUCAAUAAAGCCAACGGUUGCAUUCAGGGCUGUACUUGUUGGAGGAAUAGCAGUGUUCACAAAAGUAGCUGGUGCAAUGAAGGCAGCCGGUGGUGCAAAGCUUGGUGCUGCUGCAACGGCCAUGACCAUGGCAGCUUCAGCAGCUAUGUCUAGUUCAAAGAAGGAAGAGUCUGAGCCUUCCAAAUGAUCUUUUUAUUUGUGGUUUGUAAUUUUCAUCCAGAGUCAGCAGAAUGUAGCAGGAUUUCACCUUGUAGAACUAUGUAUCAGCCAUAGAGAAUGUUAACAUUUCUCAUUAUGCAGACUAAAUACUUCGCCUCUCUUGGCGGUGUUUCUGACGUGCUAUGUUAAUUUUUGUCCCUCUCAUCUAUUCCUAUGAAAUGAUGGUUUCAUCAGUUUUUGCUCUUUUGGCUCGUGAAAAGGGUAUGUGUCUGACUUGGUUGCUUGGGGACAAGCAAACGGCUAAGUGUGGGGCGAUUUGAUGACUCGAUAUUUGCGCAUGUUUUCCCCUUUGUUUCUUGAUUGUUUGAGCUUUAAUUAUCGCGUCUUUGGCCUAUUUUAUGCUAGGUUGUGUUCAUUUGUCACAUUUCAAGUCCUAACAGAUAAACUUGACUCACUCUU